AUGCCAGUCUCUCGAUUUUGCCCACGCAUAGCCGUCUUCCUGUUCGGGUUUUGGUUCGCCAUCCAGGCCAACUCGUUAGGAUUUGCAGUCAGGGAUACUGAACCUGCCGUCACCGUUGUUAACGUGACAGAGGCAGCAGGCGCUCCCCUCCAGGACGCAGAAAGGCACCAGCUGACGGACGACGUGGUUGAUCGUAUAUUGAGCGACGGGGUUCCGGUUGGUUGGGCCUCGCACUUCGCGUUCGAGGAUAUCCUCGGUUCGAGUGAGCGAGAGGAGAGUGCAACAAAGGCUUGCAAAUCAUUCCCUGGCGAUUCGGACUGGCCUACGGAUGAUGUUUGGGACAUUUUCGAUCAGCUCCUUGGCAGAGCCCUCAUCCCAACCAAGCCUUUGGACGAGGCCGAGUGCGCCAACAUCAUCAGCAAUGCCACCAACACCGAGUUCCUCAUCACUGAUCCUACCGCCAAUCUAUGGCCCAUUUUUCAAGGCCGCACCUGCCAGCCCAAGAAUGACACGUCCGAGUCCCACUGCACGAUCGGCGGCUAUCCAGAGUAUGCGAUCAACGUCACUACUGUUGCGCAGGUACAGCUCGCCAUCAACUUUGCCCGUGCGGCCAACUUGCGCCUGGUUAUCAAGAACACGGGGCACUGUUACCUUGGGAAGUCACUAGGCGCCGGUGCGUUGAGCCUGUGGAUGCAUAAUCUUAAAGACAUUGACUUCUUGCCUGAUUACGCCGGGCCCGGGUACUCUGGUCCAGCGCUGAAGUUGGCUGCGGGAGUGAGCGUCAGAGAAGUGUACCAGGCUGCCGAAAAGCACGGGGUUACGGUUCUAGGCGCCGUCAGCCCGACUGUGGGAUUUGCUGGUGGCAUGAUCACAGGCGGAGGUCAAAACCCGCUUGCUGGGAUAUAUGGCAUGGCCGCCGACCAUGUCGUCGCCUUCCAGGUCGUGACUGCUGAUGGACGGCUGCGGACAGCUCUGCGCGGCGGAGGUGGUGGUACCUUUGGUGUCACCAUGUCAGUCAUUAUCCGCGCACACCCCAAGAUGAACGUAGUCACCGCAAAGUGGGCUCUCGAUAUUUCCAACAAUGACAUGGAUCAGUUUUGGAAGGGAGUGAGGAAGUUUUACGACGAGUUCCUCGACUGGACGGACGCUGGCAUAUACACCUUCUACAUCAUGUGGCCGACCCCCCAGCUGAGCAUGAAUUACUUGUUUGCCCCAAAUCAUACUCUGGAGUCGUACAACAAAGUCGUCGCCCCUUUCUUCGAGUUCUUAGAGGCGAACAACAUCUCACUGUCGACACCACACCAAGCCAAAGCACACACGUCUUUCUAUUCUGCAUACCAGGCAACAUGGGGCUCAAACAAUUUCCCCGCGGGCCUCGACAACUCAAUCCCCGGAAAUCGCCUCGUGCCUCGCCGUAACUUCGUCGAAAAGUACGAGGAGACAUACGCCCUGAUGAAAUCCCACGUUUCCUCCGGCAAACACUUCUUGGGCUACCACAACGCACCCAGCAACGCCGGCCCGGAGAUGGGGAACCAGGACAACGCCGUCAACCCUGCCUUCCGGGAAAUGGUCUUCUUCCUCGUCACCUCCUCCAACCGCUCCGCUGAUCAUUCAACCCCGGAAGCCUUGGCUGCUCAGAACAAGUAUCUUCAGGACGAGGUCCUUCAGCCGUGGCGCGACAUCGCCCCGGUCUCUGAGGGCGGCGGGACGUACCUCAAUGAGGCGAGCGUUGGGGAGCCAGACUGGCAGGAGAGCUUCUACGGAGGGUUUUACCCCAGGCUGAGUGAGAUAAAGCGCAAGUGGGACCCCAAGGAUGUUUUCUAUGCCGUGCACGAUGGAGGCCAGGGUCUCCCGACACAGAAUGGAAGGCUAUGUCGUGUCUAG